UUUUUCGUCCGUCGUUUCUCUGCGCCUUCUUUAUCCUCCCACUUUUUCUUUCCUUCAAAUUUUUUGGUUAUGCGGGCGAGCUUUUCGAGAGUUUUGUGUCUUUGUGUGUUUAACUUGAGCUUCCUCUGCUGCCUGGUCCGUUCCUUGCCUAUCAAGGAGGAUCUCAAGCCAGGGAUGCCCAGCGAGGCCGCAAUAUUCUCUCAUCCAUCCCACCAUGAUGACGACCGCCGACCACAUGUCCCCACCGCGCGUUACGCGACGAUAACACUGGUCCUCAUCUGCAUCGCUGGCGCUGCGGCAUUGCUCAGUCUCUUCGGCUGUUUGCGGAGCUACCUUCGCACGGCGCCAUACGACGCGGAGAAGGCACAUGCAGACCUGGAGCGCGUCAGGCAAGAAGUCGCGGUCGCAGAGCGAGACCAGUUACUCGGCAUCAACAACCGUCCCGGGCGGGUGUCGAUGCCGCUACCCCCGCCACCCUAUUUGCGCCCGCCGUCUUAUGCUGAGAAUGACCCUCACGUACCCGAAACACGGGUAGCUGGACCGCUGUUGGGCACAAUAACGGAGUCGUCGCUGGCGCGGUACGAAGAAGUGCCUAUGCCGCCCCCAAUACACGCGCGAUCCCCAUCGGCGGAGUCCCAGGCGUCCGCUGAUUCAGACGCGGAAGCUCCAGAGCGUCAGCGGCUGCUUACCCACUCGUAG